AUGCGCUUCUUGAAAUUUCAGGCUCCCACAAAUACUGCGCACGCCGUAACUGUUCGCCUGGGAGGUGGGGAUGAGCGCAAGGAGGAGCCAUCCACGCCGGCUCCGCAGAAAUUUAACAUCCGACAAACAAGCACCUGCUGCGGGGAGGACAAGUUUGCUGCCUGGCACGCUGGUGAAGUCGGAGGUUUACUGGACCGUACAUUUGGUAAGAACAAGCUACACAUCCCAUUCAACUUCCACCUUCUUGCAAAGAAGCAGAGUGGCCCCGACUUCACCUGCCCUGACGAAUCCUCCUGCGGCUGGAGAUCCCACUUCGUUGCUCUUGGUGGUAAGAUGCGGCAGGCUGAAGGCUGUGGAAGGGGAACGGUCUUUCGGUGGCACCAAACUUGCAGUCUGUCUUCCGUAUGCCUUCGUCACGAGCGAACCCGCCACGUGUCCAGCCCUGAAGAGCACUUAGCAGAGUUUUACAGCCUAAAUGCCGUGCAAGCUCUGGACAGAGCAAGCAAGCAGGAUCCUGGUGAGGAUGUGGGCCUCAGGCUGGGUGCAGCAGCUGUUCAAGCUGUUCUGUUGUGGUGCCUCAGGGCAGAUGAUGCAGUAGCUGGAAUAGAGAAAAAGAUUAUAGAAGCUUUUGAGGUGUUUGACCAUGCAUGCAAUAAAACUGUGGAUGUCAGAGAGCUUGGUUCAAUUGUCAGGUCCCUGGGUUGCUUCCCAACUGAGGCAGAACUACAUGAACUGCUUGCAAAGGUAGAAGAAGAAGAGCCGACUGGAUACAUUCAUCUGGAAAAAUUUCUUCCAGUGAUGACAAAAGUACUACUUGACAGAAGCUACCGGCCUAUUCCAGAAGAUGUUCUUCUACACGCAUUUGAGGCUUUGGAUGAAAAAAAAUGUGGACAUAUUACUAAAGAGGAGCUAAUCAAAUAUUUGACUGAAGAAGGUGAGCCCUUUACUCAGGAAGAAAUGGAGGACAUGCUCUCCACUGCUCUAGAUCCAGAAACAAACACUGUUCGCUACAGAGACUACAUUUCAAUGAUGGUAAUAGAUGAAACUUAA